AUGUCGAGCCACCUGUACGAGGUUGCUCUCUUCGGCGACUUCUUUGCAAAAGACUUGAAGCCGAUCUUGAACCGCAUCGCGCUGCACUCGGAAUCAUCGAACGCCAUGCACACGCGCGAGGUCGUAUUCGAACCUCUCGAUGCGCAGCAGCAGCGCGACAAGGGCCAGGAUCCCAUUAUGUUGCGUGCAAGGAAGGAACUGCUGGACGAGAAGCCUACUUGGGUUCUGUACUCGUACCUGAAACCAGAAUCUGUGAAGACGUACCCUGAGGCGACGGUCAGACCUUGGGCGACCGUCUCCGUCGUCGGAGACGCGUUGGACUUCGCGUCUGCUCUAGGUUACGUCCAGAGAAACGAGAUUUACAAACGUGGAUACGUGUUUCGCAAGGGGCAACUGGUCAUUCAAAUGUUUCAACAGGAGCAUGUACGCAAUUCCGACGCAUCCAAUCGUGUGCCACCACUUAUUCGACUGUUCCCUUGGCAGGUGCACCCCGUAACGCACCAGCCCAUACCGGCGCAGGUGGAAACCCUGUGGGAAGUCGAGGUGAAGACCGCGACGCCAGUGCGCAGCACGCUGGAUACGCCACUCGAAAAUGCGAAGACGCCGCUCGCCCAAGCGGUGCAGGCUGUUCUGGAGGUUCAACUGCUCAUGAAGGGCCUUCUGGACUUGCGCCGCCAGGAUCUCUGA